AUAUAAUAAGAAGUUGUAUGCAGUAUUUUUCAAUUUUCUCCAACCCGAAAACUGAAAUAUCUGAUUUGACCAAUUCUCAAAUUACUCCACAAUUGGCCUGCUUCACUAAUGUUGAAGUUAAUUACUUUUCCAAGAGUUAGUCUAGCUUCUCAGUUGAGAGGGAUUAAGAUAAUAUCAAGAUAUUAUUCCAUUGCUCGGAAUUCAAAAGUAUACCCUGAAGAAAUAUCAUUAGAUGGGAAAACUUAUAAGACAGAUGAAUGGACUAAUGUUCCACCAUAUAUUCUUGAAUUAACUCAAAGAAGAUUGCAUCAUGAUAAUAAUCACCCCAUUGGAAUAUUACGUGAAUUAAUUGAAAAGAAUUUCAAAGGAAUGGGUUAUACUUUCUAUAAUGAUUUUACACCUGGAGUUACUACAUUUCAAAAUUUCGAUGUAUUAGGAUUUCCCCAAGAUCAUCCAGGUAGAUCUAAAUCUGAUACUUAUUAUUUGAAUAAAGAUAACUUAUUAAGAACUCAUACAUCUGCUCAUGAACAUGAAUGUUUUCAAACUUGUGAAACUCCUGGUUAUGUUAUAUCUGCUGAUGUUUAUAGAAAGGAUGAAAUAGAUCGUACCCAUUAUCCUGCUUUUCAUCAAAUGGAAGGAGCUAGAAUUUGGACUAAAAGUGAUAAACUUGAAGAAAUAAUUGCUCAUGAUAUUGAACAAAUUCCUAAAACUAAUAUCAUUGUUGAAGAUCCAUUCAGAGAAAAUUGUUUUAAUGAAGGUAAUCCAAAGCAAGAUUAUAUGACUGAUAAUGAAGUUUAUUUAGUUAGUGUCCAUUUAAAGAAAACCAUCGAAUAUUUAGUUAAUCAAGUCUUUGAAGCUGCUAGAAAAUCAGCUAAAUUGGCUGGAUCUACUGAACCUUAUUUAAAUGAACCAUUAAAAAUUAGAUGGGUUGAAGCCUAUUUCCCCUGGACUGCACCAUCAUGGGAAAUUGAAGUUUGGUGGAAAGGUGAAUGGUUAGAAUGUUGUGGAUGUGGUAUAGUUAGACAACAAGUUCUAUUAAAUUCUGGUUUAGGUGAAGAAAAAUUAGGUUGGGCUUUCGGUAUAGGUCUCGAUAGAAUUGCCAUGUUAUUAUUUGGUAUACCUGAUAUUAGAUUAUUUUGGACAUUAGAUGAGAGAUUUGGAAAACAAUUCAGUAGUGGGAAUAUUAAUACUUUUGCACCUUAUUCAAAAUAUCCAGGUAUUAAAAGAGAUAUUUCAUUUUGGUUACCAAAAGAUGUAACUCUUCAUAAUAAUGAAGUUAUGGAUAUUGUAAGAACUCAUGCUGGUGAUCUUACUGAAAGUGUUGAAAAUAUCGAUAAUUUCGUUCAUCCAAAAACUGGUAAAAGAUCUCAAACUUAUCGUUUGAAUUAUCAAUCAAUGGAUAGAAAUUUAACUAAUUCAGAGAUUAAUGUUUUACACAAUAACGUUGAACAGGAUUUAAAGAAACUUUUCGAUGUAGAAAUCCGUUAGAUUAAUUUAACAUGUACAUAGUUAAAAAUUUUAAUAUACUUAUAUAUAUAAGGAAAUAUGUAUUGCGGUAUUGAUUUUUAUUCUUUUUUGUUUUUUCAUGUUAUAUUUGGACGUGCACCAACCCAACUAUUUGGUCAAUGAAAAAUUAUUUGAUUCCAACACA